AUGGACGACGGCGGCGCGGGGAAGACGACGACGACGAAGACGGUGUGCGUGACGGGCGCCGGGGGCUUCAUCGCCUCCUGGCUCGUGCAGCUCCUGCUCUCCAGGGGCGGUUACGUCGUGCAUGGCACUGUUCGCGACCCGAGUGAUCCCAAGAACGGCCACCUGAUGGCGCUGGACGGCGCCGGGGAGCGGCUGCGGCUGUUCAAGGCCGAUCUGCUGGAUUACGACAGCGUGGCGGCCGCAGUCGCGGGCUGCGAGGGCGUCUUCCACGUCGCCAGCCCCGUCCCGGCCGUCAACCCGACGAACCCCGAUGCGGAGAUCCUGGCGCCGGCGGUGACCGGCACGCGGAACGUGCUCAAGGCCAGCCACGCGGCCGACGCCCGCCGCGUCGUGGUGAUGUCGUCGGUCGGCGCGGUGAUCAUGAACCCUAAGAUCCCCGAUUGCGCCGUCGUCGACGAGGACAGCUGGUCCGACGAGGACUACUGCAGAGCCACCGAGAAUUGGUACUGCCUCUCCAAGACGCAGGCCGAGCGCGAGGCGCUGGCGUACGGCGAGAAGGCCGGGACGACGACGAUGGACGUGGUCACCGUCUGCCCGCCGUGGGUCCUGGGGCCGCUGCUGCAGCCCACGGUGAACACCACCAGCAUGCGCCUCGUCGCUUACCUGACAGGCGAAAACACCGACGAGAAGAUGAGGAACAUGGUGGACGUGCGCGACGUCGUGGCGGCCCUCGUCCUGGCGCUCGAGACCCCGGAGGCGUCCGGCCGGCGGCUCAUCUGCAGCGCGCACGCGAUGAAGGUGUCUGAAACGGUCGGCCUCGUCCGGAGCCUGCACCCGGACCUGAAGCUGGACUACCCCAGGAAGUUUGUUCAGGUGGAAGACGAGAAGAGGGUCAGCUCCAAGAGGCUGCAGGCGCUGGGGUGGAAGUUCAGGGCGGCGGAGGAGACUCUCAGGGAAACCAUCGACUCGUACAAGGCUGCUGGAAUCCUGAACUGA